UUCACUCACUCUCUCCUCUAGCCGGUAUGAGAGAGAGAGAGAGAGAGAGAGAGAGAGAGAGAGCAGUCGUGACUUUUUGAGUAUAUGCUGUCUCCUGCAAACCCCCUCUUCUCGUAAUCUUCCGGUGAUCGGCCAAUCGAAACGGUAUAACCAGCGUGGCUCCAAGAGGAGCUGCAAUCAGCAGGUUCGGUUUUCUCUCUCUUCGUCUCCUUUCCAUCUGCUUUCCGUUUGAUAGAAACAAGAGGAAAAUCUUCUUUCUCAGAGCUAAUUGUUGAGUUUCUGCCUGGGCAUUUCUAAGUGAACAAUGCUACUCUCUUUGGAGCUCUCGAUAUUGUCAUCGUUGCAGAUUGUUAACGAAAAUUUGAUUUUAAAUCAGGGUAGUGAAAGAGAAGGAUUCUCCAAAACAUUGGUUGCAGAAAUUUGAGUCGUUCGAGUAAUGGGCUCUCAUUCCGGAUGACCUUUCUCUUGUUCUUCAGCACUCGAUUAAGAUUUCGAGCUUCUGACAUACCCAUCGUCUGGUUUCACGAUCAUGCUUUUAGAGGUCCUUACCCUAAACCCAUAUCGGAGAAUCAACGUGAUGCUUGGAUCAUAAAGGUUGUAUGUGCUCUUUGUGUGCACUCAUCGUCUCUGGAUUCUUGCUUUUAUUAUUUCAGUAAGGUCUUGAAUCCUUCAAUUGCUUAUGAGGCCAUUAAACGCUUGAACAAUCCGAAGUUGGCUUUGAAAUUGUUUGAAUUUAGUAGAGUGAAGUUGGAGCUUCAUCAUUCUGUCAAAACUUAUAAUUUUCUAGUGAAGUCUCUCAGUCAAGUGGGACUCCAUGAUUCAGCAAAAUUGGUUUUUGAUUGUUUGAGAAUCGAUGGGCAUUUGCCUGAUAGCUUCAUAUUGGGGUUUUUUGUAUCUUCAUGUGCACAAGUGGGUAAGUUCAGUAUUUCCAAAGAUUUGCUUUCUCAAGCUCAAGGCAGUGGAAGAAGUGUGAAUCCAUUCUUAUGCAAUAAACUAUUGAAUCACUUGGUAAAAAGUAAUCGGGUGGAUGAGGCUGUUUGUCUCUUUAGAGAGCUUCUGAAGUCCGGUUUCUGUCCAGAUACUUGUACUUUUAAUAUUUUAAUCAGAGGCUUCUGCAGAUUAGGAGAAGUAGAUAAGGGAUUUGAGUUUUUUAAUGACAUGGGCAAUUUUGGAUGCUGUCCUGAUGUUGUUACCUAUAACACACUUAUUAACGGAUUGUCUAGGGCUAGUGAAGUCGAUAGAGGGCAUGGGUUGUUAAAAGAAAUUCAGUCCAAGCACGAUUUUUCACCAGAUGUUGUGACUUACACAUCAGUCAUAUCAGGUUACUGCAAGUUGGGACGGAUGGAAGAAGCUUCUAAUCUUUUUGACGAGAUGGUUUUUUCUGGUGUAAAACCAAAUUUGAUUACUUACAAUGUUCUUAUUGAUGGCUUUGGUAAGUCUAGUGAUAUGGGGUCAGCACUGACCAUAUAUGAGAAGAUGCUUAUUCAGGGAUAUCAUCCUGAUGUGGUUACAUUUAGUUCCUUGAUUGAUGGUUACUGCCGAAGUGGUCAGGUCGAUCAGGGUUUCAAGCUUUGGCAUGAAAUGUGCAGACGAAAUCUUUCUCCGAAUGAAUAUACUUUUGCUAUUCUCAUCAAUGCUUUUUGUAAAGAGAAUAGGCUAAAUGAAGCUUGUGAAUUUAUGAGGCAGUUGGAGUGGAAGAAUAUUAUUCCCCAGCCGUUUAUGUACAACCCUGUGGUUGAUGGUUUCUGUAAGGCCGGCAAUGUAGAUGAGGCCAAUUUGAUUGUGACAGAAAUGGAGGAGAAAAAAUGCAACCCAGAUAAAUUGACAUUUACUAUUCUAAUCAUUGGGCAUUGUAUGAAAGGGAGAAUGAAUGAAGCGAUCAGUAUUUUCCAUAAGAUGUUAACUACUGGUUGCAUCCCGGAUACCAUUACUGUCAAUUCUUUGGUAUCUCGCCUUUUGAAGGCUGGCAUGCCUAACGAAGCAAAUCAGAUUGUUCUUACUGUGCUGGAGAAGAACUCAGGGUUGGAUUUAUCAUCUUCAACGAAAAGCCUUGGCCAAAUAGAGAUUCCAGUUGCUGUUUAGUAGAGAGAUUGAGCUAAAAUGUCCCUGAACCUGAAGUUGAGCUCAAGUUGAUGAGCUCAAUGGUUGCCUGAAGGUCCUUGCAUCGUUACAUAUGAAGUACUUCAGUUUGUGGAUGUAAUCAUAGACUUGAUUUAUAACAGAGUAAGUACUUCAUAUGUAUAAUUUUUUUUUCCAUUUUUAUUUUUAUUUUAUUCUUGGUUCUUGUCAGAUUGAUGUUUAUCUUUUAUGCAUGUGUAUCUUUUUUUGUUCAUUAAGUUAACAUGUUUACUUCAGAAUUUUUUUCAUUUGUCAGUAGUUUGUUGGGUACAUCCAUUAAUUCAAACUUUGUUGGAAGUGGUCUAACAUUCAAUGGCAUAUGAUUUAUAGUUGGCUGACAGUGGAGUUGACUGGGUUCUGGUUUGUGUAUCUUACCCAUGGUUCUAAUUCUCUGCGUAAUUUCGCCAAAUUUUUGUGAAUUUCAACAUGACCAUAACUCGUCAGUGUCAGUUCUUUUGCCUGGGAGAAGAAGAAAACACCUCAUUUGCUUGGAUUUUAUCCACCUCACCCCAUCGAACUGCUGGAAUAUGCUGUUGGGGGUUGCCACAUCACUCCAAAGAGAUCGGUUGCUCUGCAUAUUGGUGAAGAUUUGGCCAUAUUCAACAGUUCCAGAACAGGGAGAAAAGGGAAGUAGUGGGAGAUAAAAUUCUACAAGUCAUUUUGGAGCUGUGGACUAAAGCUAAUUUGUUGACCAAAACAUGGCUUCUUGUAUGCUUUAUUCCCAGAACACCCCACACAUGAAGGCUCCAUGAGGUGGUGAUCCGAAAUAUGUAACAUUCAGGUCAGAUCCUCAGAGGUGCAUUGUUUUCUUCUUGUGUUAAUUUUUUGAAAAUUUUUAAGCUCACUGCUGGAUGUAACUGGCCUUUUGUGAGGAACAAAAGAACAUCUCAUGAAAUUAUAUGCUUUGUUGCCGGAUUGGCUAAGAUUGUGAAA